GAAGGCUUGUCAGGUUGGUCUCAGCCUGUCAUGGGAAAUCAUCCGAUGCAUCAGCAGCUGUCAGACCCAGGCACGUUUUCUCAGCAUCAGCCAAUGGAGAGAGAUGAUUCUGGAAUAGUGGCUCCCUCAAAUAUUUUCCACCAACCUAUGCCAAAUAGUUUUGUGGAUUUUUCUAAAGGCCUACCAAUCUCCAUGUACGGUGGCACUCUAAUACCCUCGCACCCUCAGCUAGCAGAUGGCCCGGGAGGCCCCCUCUUUAAUGGACUCCAUACUCCAGAUCCCGCCUGGAAUCCCAUGAUCAAAGUUGUUCAGAACUCAACAGAAUGUACUGAUGCUCAGCAGAUUUGGCCUGGCACCUGGGCACCUCACAUUGGAAACAUGCAUCUCAAGUACCCGCAUCAUCUACGACCGCAAGUUCCUGCUGGAGUGCAAGAAUUCACCCGUGGCCAGGACCCUUCCCUGCUGCCUGCCCCAGAUCCCCGGUGUCACAUCCCUGGCCCAGUCCAGUCUCGUCAAGCUGGAGGAGCUCAAGGAGCAGAAUGAGAAUGAAGAAGCCAUGCCAGAUCAAGACCAGUUUGAGAUGGACAUCUGAGUUUCCAGCUCCCUGUCUCCAGGCCAUGGCUGGGCCUGUUCCUGGGCCUCGUGGAGGUGCUGGCACCGUGACCAGGCUGCAGCCCUCUCUGAUGCUGGGGAUGGAUGUGUGACACCUCAGGCUCUAGCACAAGUGGCUGGUGCAAUUGCCUAGGAGCUCAUGCUUGAUCAAUAAACACCAUGAAACCCCUGUG